AUGGGGCACAGCGAACAUGUCCAAAUCCCAGUCCCUCCCCUACUGGGACACGAAGCCCAGCCCCAGGAUCAGAGGCCUAGUCCUGGGCUUGGAGGCAGUGCUAGAACAAACACUUGUUCACCUGGGCAGUUGGAUUCUCAGGCCUUUCUGAACCCACCCUACAGAUCCACCCACAUUUCUCAGCACCUUCUAAGCCAGUGUCAUCAUACUAGUGACCUCUGUACACAUUUGACAACCAUCACUUGGUGUCAAACCAGCCCAGUGAAUGAUCUGAAUAGUAUUUGGCAGACAGGGCUCCAGGGAUCUAGCAGUUUGCUCAAAGCCCUUGGCCUAUCAGAGGCAGGUUAG